AUGACCCUUCAACAGAUCGGACAGUAUUAUCCGGAUUGCUACAUUAAACAAGGGCAGGUCAAGCACGACCCGCUAAUCCAACUUCACGGCUAUGAAGCAUCCCUUGACCAGUCUGAAGACACCAGCCUUGCAACCAUAUUAGGUUUGCUAAUUAACCAGCUCAUUGGUGUCCAUAAAAAGAAAGUGCUGGAGGUGGGUCCUGCUAGCGUUGCCCGCUAUGAUAACAGCCUGAGAGUGGUGUUAGACACAACCGUGGAGGGAGAUUCUUUCAGGAACUCGUUUGGUGAGUCUGAUGCAAUUUGGGAGCGACGUAAACCAACCAAAAGUAAUAAUAAUGACAACCGUUUAGCCGUACUAACCUUUCGACGCCUGGCUGCCAUGCCACCCGAAGGAAGUAUGAGGGCUGAGAUUUUGCCGGGUUACCCCAGUCUAUACAGGAGCAGUUGA